UCCUUCUCUUGUAGACCUAUCGCGAUAUCUCUUCAUCCCUACCGGCCGGAGGAGGACGGGAUAACCCUGGAUAAUCUAGACGCCUGGCUCAGGGGGGCCAAAAUGGCAGCCUCUACUUCAUCAUCAUCAGCUGGUGGAGUAAGUGGAAGUUCUAUGACUGGAUCUGGAUUUAGUGUCUCAGAUCUUGCCACACCUCAAAAAGCCCUGUUUACAUAUCCUAAAGGAGCUGGAGAAAUGUUAGAAGAUGGGUCAGAACGAUUCCUUUGUGAAUCUGUCUUCAGCUAUCAAGUUGCAUCCACACUAAAACAGGUAAAACACGAUCAGCAAGUUGCUCGAAUGGAAAAACUCGCUGGCUUAGUGGAAGAACUGGAGGCAGAUGAAUGGAGAUACAAACCCAUUGAACAGCUCUUGGGCUUCACACCUUCUUUAGGUUGAAAUAUAGCAAUUUGUUUGAUGUGGAAAGAUCCAGGAUUAGUGUAGCCCCGUUUUAAAACUUUCAGUGGUUUCGUUCUGUGUUUUCCCACAACUCUGAUGACAAUCCAGAACUAUUGUUGUUUUUUUUCACCAGAUCCAAUAAAGUAUAUUUAUUAAAAAAAUAGGGUUUUCUUUUUUAGUCACUUUCACACUGCUUGAGGAUAGUGUGAUUUUUAUAACUAAGGAGAUGUAAUCAGUUUUCCCAAAAAAAAACCCAAACCCCUUUUUAUUUUCAGAUGGGAAGGGUUAAUUAUUUCAAUUCAACAGUGCUGACCUUUGCUGACCUUGAGCUUGCACAAUGAAAGUUGACCAGGCAGUUGGACUUUUCUUGUACAUAAUUCUUAGAGGGUAGAGUAAGAAGCCAUCGUUUUAAGCCCUAAGCUGUUGCUUUGAAGAGAAAUGUGAUAAUAGGACCGGAUCACUUGGAGGGUAGAAAAAUAUUAACCCUUUCCUAUAUUUAGGUUGUUGCUGAGAGUGCAUUUUGACAGUUGUUCCUCUGUUAAUUAUGUGUGGAAAUGGUCAGAACAAUUCUUAAAAAGAGACAUUGACUGUCCCGUUUGCUGUUCCAGUCCACUUGAAUAGUCUGUUUAACAAAUAAAUUAUU